CGCUUCCCUUGCCGAAAGUUAAUCGGCUUUCCGCUACUACGAUAUACUCAACUUUCCUUCACAUCUUCGCCGCCAACGCAGCUAUGCGAAAAUCCUUUUGACCGAAUCACUCGCAUUGCUGCUCCAUCCGAUUUUGGAUUUUUCUCUUUCUCUUUUACUUCUUUUUUCCCCCCCCAAUACAGAGUAGCAUCAACCACAGCCUGCCAACCGGCGCCUCUCGAACUCUUACAAGCAAAGCAGCUCAGCGUUGCAACUUUUCCACAUGGGCGACACCACCAUGUCGGGACUCGGUUCGGUGGCCCUUAAUGGGUCAUCACCGAAGAAAGUCGCCUACUUUUACGAUUCUGACAUUGGAAACUAUGCCUACGUCACCGGUCAUCCUAUGAAGCCUCAUCGAAUUCGAUUGGCCCACAGUCUGAUUAUGCAGUACAAUCUGUACCAGAAGAUGGAGAUUUACCGCGCUAAACCGGCUACUCGCGGCGAAAUGACCCAGUUCCAUACCGACGAUUACAUCGAUUUCCUGCAAAAGGUCACCCCCGACAACAUGGAUAGCUACAUGCGAGAACAGGGGAAAUACAAUGUCGGCGACGAUUGCCCCGUUUUCGACGGCCUUUUCGAAUUCUGCGGCAUCAGUGCCGGCGGCAGCAUGGAGGGUGCAGCGCGUCUCAAUCGGCAAAAGUGCGAUAUCGCUAUCAACUGGGCUGGCGGUCUACACCACGCGAAAAAGUGCGAAGCCAGUGGCUUCUGCUACGUGAAUGACAUCGUCCUCGGAAUCCUCGAACUCCUUCGAUUUAUGAAGCGUGUGCUCUACAUCGAUAUUGACGUCCACCACGGUGACGGUGUUGAGGAGGCUUUCUACACCACCGAUCGUGUCAUGACCGUUUCAUUUCACAAAUAUGGUGAAUACUUUCCCGGUACCGGUGAGCUUCGCGACAUUGGCAUUGGGCAAGGCAAGAACUACGCCGUCAACUUCCCUCUCCGCGAUGGUAUCACCGACGAUUCGUAUAAAUCCAUUUUCGAACCUGUCAUUGAGAACGUCAUGAAAUACUUCCAGCCCGAGGCUGUCGUCUUACAGUGUGGUGGAGACAGUCUCUCUGGAGAUCGUUUGGGUGCCUUCAACCUGAGCAUGGAUGGUCACGCCAACUGUGUCAACUUUGUCAAGAGCUUCAACUUGCCUACUUUAGUUCUUGGCGGAGGCGGCUACACCAUGCGUAAUGUUGCCCGAACGUGGGCAUUUGAGACAGGUGUCCUGGUUGGCCAAGAGAUGGACCGGACCCUUCCAUACAACGAGUAUUACGAGUAUUAUGCUCCCGAUUUUGAGCUCAAUGUUAGGUCCUCUAACAUGGAGAAUUCUAACAGCAGAGAGUAUCUGGAGAAGAUUACUGCUGCCGUCAUUGAUAACCUCCGCCACACCGGCCCGGCCCCAUCGGUUCAGAUGCAAGAUGUUCCUCGGAAACCCUUUGGUGGCAUGACCGAUGAGGAGGAGGCUGAGCUAGAUGACAUGGACGAAGAUGAAAAUAAAGACGUCCGAAUGACUGAACAUCGCUGGGACAAGCGUGUUGAGCACGAGAAUGAAUUUGAACCCAGCGACGAUGAUGAAAUGGCCCGCGCAAAUGGAGCCACUCGUGCUAACGGCAACAAGAGAAGCUUUAACGAUUACCGUAAAAGCGACAAGGAAGAUAACAGCGAACGCGCUUCCCCCGCCGCUGCCACCAAUGGCGGUGCUCCUGAAGCGCCAGCCGCAGAAGAAUCCCACGAUGUUAACGACGACACCAUCGAGGAUUUUGCUGCCGAGCAAGAGAAGAUGGCCGUGGAUAAAGAGGCUGAGCCCGCUGAACCUGAAAAGGACAAGGAAGCGGAGAAAGAAAGCGAACAAGAAAAGGAGAGCGGCAAAGAAAAGGACAAGGUCGAUGACGAUGGCGACGUUGGCAUGGCCGACGAUUCGGAGCCUAAGGAAGAAAAAAUCAUCAAGGAAGAGCAGGAUGAACCUGAAUCAGCCCCCGAACGAGUUCCCAGCAAGAGCCCCGUAGCGGAAGAAAAGCCAAAAGAGAGUUCAAAAGAGAAUUCUGAGCCAGCUGCCGACGCCACUACCGAAGCUGCUGCUACUGCUGAGGCUGAAGCUGAAACUGCCACCGAAGUUGCUGCUGAAGCUACCGAAGCUGCUGUUGCUGAAAAACCAGCUGCCGCAGAAGAAUCAAAGCCUUCAGAAGCCGAACCUGAAAAAUCUCCCGAAGCAUCAUCUGAUGUGAAAGAGAAGGCUGAACAGUCCGCAGACGCGAUGGAGGUUGAUCAAGAAAAGGAGGAAGCUGAGCCUAAGAAGGCCAGCACACCGUCUGCUUGAGCAUCCCCAAGCAGCAAGACCCUCGGCUUGGCUUAUAUGGAGCAAGAGAACUCCAAAUCACGUUGAUGCAGUUCACGUUGUAGAUCAGUGGGUAGGCGAGAGAGGCGUUUCCGGCGCAAGGGAUACUGGCGGGCCACAUAAAAGCAGAUGGCAAUAUCGAGCCAUCUGUUGAGCGCCAGGCUAAUGUCUUGUUCGAUUCUUUAUUAAGUUUGGCUGAUUUUUUCAUUAUUAUUAUUUCUUAUUUGCUUGGAGUCUAUAUCAGUAGCGUACAAAAGAGUAAUUCUAUAACAAAUUCAAUAAAAUACGUCUUGGAAAAGCC